CUACACAUAUAAGAACAAAUAUGUUUAUAUAGAUAGUAAUGAAUUACCUGGUCAAUUAAUUUAAUAAGAGAUUUUCUGGCUGUUAUUUAGAAUUAAUGAGUCCACCAAAGUGAUAAGAAUCCUAGAGAGUAGAAGCACCUUUCUUUGCUAUAUAAACAGUCUUUGUGCUAACAAACUAACAAACCACACAGAAGAAAAAAAAAAUUGAUGGGGAUGAAGAAAGUAAAGCUAUCUUUGAUAGCUAAUGAAAGAUCAAGGAAAACCUCAUUCAUGAAGAGGAAGAACGGGGUAUUUAAGAAACUCAACGAGUUGUCAACUCUAUGUGGUGUCCAAGCUUGUGCUCUCAUCUACAGUCCAUACCAAUCGGUCCCGGAGUCAUGGCCAUCAACGAAAGGCGCUAAAGAGGUGGCUUCGAAGUUUAUGGAGAUGCCGUCGACAGCCCGCAACAAAAAGAUGAUGAGUCAAGAAGCUUAUUUGAUGGAGAGGAUUACUAAAGCAAAAGAGCAACUAAAGAACCUGGUUGUUGAGAACAAAGAGUCACAGGUUAGACGAUUUAUGUUUGAUUGUCUUGAAGGCAAGAUGUCGGAUUAUCGUUAUGAUGCAAAAGACCUUCAAGAUUUGCUAUGUUGUAUAAAUCGAUAUCUUGAUCAGCUUAACAGAAGGAUCGAGAUCCUUAAAGAAACCGGUGAGUCUUCUUCCGUCUCUCCUUUUCCUACUACAAUUGGGGUUGCAGAUAUUCUUGAUGCUGCAAGUCCUAGUGUUUUUGCGGCCGAUAUGACUCCUUCUCAUGUUGUUGCGGAUGCAUCUCCGGUAACUGCUCCCAGUGGAUUUUUUGAUCAUAUUCAAUAUCAAGAUAUGAAUAUGAAUCAAAAUCAGCAUGAGCCGAUUCAACACCAUGUUCCUACUAACUUUUGUGAGUUUUUCCAAAAUCAGAAUAUAAAUAACGUUCAAUACCAGGCUCCGUACAAUUUGUUUGAUCAGAUUCAACAAGGAAGCUACAACAUGAAUUUGAAUCAGGAUUAUUCAAAUUAUAACAUGAAUUUGAAUUUGAAUCUGACUUCAAAUCAACAACAAUCAUUCAUGAAUCCGAUGGUGGAACAACAAAUGGGUUAUGCUGGAGGGCGUGCAAGCAUUCCUUUCAUGGAUGGGAACUACUAUAACUACCACCAACUACCAGUCGUUGAUCUUGCUUCCACCAGUUACAUGCCUUCCAUCACCACCACCACUACCGGUGUUUAUGAUCCUUACAUCAACAACAAUCUCUAAUCACAAGAUGGAGGUUUUCUAGUUUUAAGUGUUCAGUUGUUUGUAUUUGUGUUUUCUUCAUUUCGGAAGACAAAUGUUUAAUUUUGUUUAUUUUAUAAUUAUUGUUGUAAUGGUUGAAGGUUC